AUGUCAACGGCCUACGCCUACGGUCAGUUCGCCAAGGCCCUCCAAGACGCAUCGACUCACGGCGACGACGAGGUCCGGGACCGUGCAGGCGCGCGAGCGGAGAAAUGGGCAGCAGCCCUCAAUGGCAUCAAGGAUGGGCAAAUCACAAUCGGGUCGCGUGUGCCCGUAAAGGACCUCCCGGCCUGGGUGACGCUCGAAGUGCUCUGGGGAGGCUACUCGUCGGGCAGAUCGCUCGCCGAGACGCCUCUUGAGUCAGACGAGAUCGAACUCGCGGAACGCCUCGGUCUCCCCGAGGGACCAGAUCGCCGCGCACGGAUCUUUGCUUAUUACCUCUCUGACGAUGGCCUCGCCGAGCUGUACGAGCUUUUGGACUCGGGGCUGUACGCAGUCAAACUUCCCGAGGAUGCCGCACUCCUCACCGUCGCUUGGCUCCUCAGGGCUGGUGACGAGGGAGGCGCCCUUGCAGUACUCGAUGCCAUCCAGCCAUUCUCUCGCCGUUUCCGCUUUGCACCUCGACAAGACUCCACGGUCAUCCCACCAGGAUUCACGUUCCGCAUGAGCGUCGGAGACGCACGUAAAGCCCUUCAAGCGCGCCGAAUGCCACCCGCCAUUGACAGCAUGCUCGAGACGCUGCGUGUGUGGAACCCAUAUGCCGAUCGUCUGCUCGCACUGUGGUACCGUUGUGUCAAGGACGGCAACGUUCAGCUGGGCGACGCGGCAUGGAAACAGGCGGCGGCUGGGCUUGCGUCCGAGUUUGUGUCUCUCAAGAAGAAAUAUCCAAGGAGCCGCAAGGUCGUGCGCAAGGGCAGUAACAUCCAGUGGCUCGUCUCGGCUGCGAGUGCCGCGUCUUCCGCUGACACGGCGCUGACGCCUGCCCUGGCUGGCCGGGUACGCACUGCGGUCGCUGAUAUGAUCAAGAAGCGCGGAGCCCCAGGAUCCGAUGAGCUCAAGAGCGUGCGCUCUAGGCAGAUGACUGUUGCUAGCAAGCAGUCUUCGAUGCAGCUGGCCUCUAUCGCCGCAGAGCGCCUCACAGAGCCGCAACAGCGGAUGGGCCUAUCCAACCCGUCCGAGUACACGGGGCCGGUCACUGCCGCCGAGUCGAUGGCACACGACAUUCCCGCCAAUACCCCCAUGCCCGACUUUGUUGACCGUAUCCUCAAGCGCACCCGCGUCGCAGCCGUGGACGACCUUCAAGUCCCUUCUGCUGAGGCGUAUGCCGCACUCGUGCCCGUGUACGUCUCGGGACUCGUCGCCGAGCAGUACCCUGAGGCCCUUGGGCAUCUCAUGGCAAUGAACUAUGAGGCCUUCAGCACUCGCCGUUCGUUGCUGCUGCUCAACCUGGAGCACCAAGUUCGGCUGGACGAACUUCCAUGGGUCGCCGCCGCCGAGCCGCACGCAAACCAUACAGGUGGCGACUCGACCACUCUGACAGCGCUGGGACACAUUGGAGAGGUAGCUCUCGAGCGAUGGCCAGGAACCAUUCUGCCCAAUAAGCUCGUGUCGCAGAUGAACAACCUCAUGCGCCUUCGGCAUCUCGACCCCCGCCGCGUACCGCUUGUUGAGGAGCUCGCUGCGGAUAUCUUUAUGGGCACGUUCUCGAGCAAGUUUACCCUGGCCGCCAAGAUCGCCGCCGAGCUGGCGGGACCCACUUACAUCUCGUACUAUGGCAUCGACACCAAGGCCGUCGAGGGCCUAUACACUCAAGAUGCAGCAAAUCCGGCCGAUGACGUCAUCCUGGAAGAGACUGCUCAGGAGGUGGAGGAUGCCGAAGUCACGGAUGAUGAGAAGGACGAACAGCCGACCGAUGGCCAGGACUUUGCGCACAUGUGCUUCAAACGCGCAAACGAGAAGCCCGGGUGGGGUCGGACUGCGCAGCACGGCAAGGUCAUCGAGCAGUCCCAGAUCCUGACGACACACAACCUCGCUAUCAUCGUCUCGCUUGGUGCGUCCCUCCCAUGGGCCAAACUCGCCAAGCGGGCAUGGGCAGAGUGCGUCCACCUCCUGCGCCUUGCAUGCCGUGAACCGCGACCGCUCGGGACGGUUAAGAAUGCAGCGUACGCAUGGCGCCAGGCCGUGUUCUUCACGUCACUCGCGGGCGACGAGGUGGCUGCCAUCAUUGAGGAGAUGGACAAGGAUCGCUCUGCACUGCCUGCACUGGGGCUCGUGAUCGAUGGCCUGAAGGACGUCGUUGGCGGCGGCACAUUCGACGCAGAGGGCAAAAGCCCACAAGGCCGCCGUCUGCUUGGUUGGACCCUCGGGCCUCACUGGAUUCUAGAGGAUGCACGCAAGCCCCGCAAGUAG